UGUGAGGUGCCAAACUCAUGUGAGUUUGUAGAGAUUACAUAGUAGGUCUAUAUAUUGGUUGUCCACAUCGAGUCGAAGUGUAAUCAGCAUCAGCAGUAUAAAGCACAACCGCCUAAAUCAAGUGUUCCUGUAUAGAACCAAUGGACCACGAUCAUGGAAAGUCUCCCUUUAAGCAUUGUGAUAUGGGAAAAGCACAACAUCACGAUACACACCACAGUAAUGUGCGUGUGCUCUCAAAGCCAGUGAGAUCUGAACAUAUCACCAGCAAUUCUUCCCAGAUUCAGCUAAACAAUGAAUCGCUGACUUGCCAACAAAGAUGUGAUAAAAAAAGCCAAAAUACAAGUCGUCCAAACACACAUUCAUUUCGCAGUGAGUUCAGUGCAAGCACUCCAACGUUGAACAAGAUUGAUCGCAAUGAUAUCAGACCUAGUGUAUUGUUUAGCAACCCACAGAGUCACAUUGACGUUAACUACCCCACUAGUUUGAUGAAAUGUUCACUUGAAGAUAUUAUACAUGUACGUGAACAUGUGCCAAUACCAGUCCAAAUACCAACUAUUCCUGCAGCAAGUUUGCAAGUAGUCAAGUCAAGCGAACUUGAGAACAUCAGCAGUCACAGUAACAAAGUGAGAAAUUCUGCUCCAGAUGCUUUUCCCCUUCAAUCUCAAUAUGGUAUAACAAAUUAUCACUCGAAAUCUGCAGUACCAGUUAACCUAAAAUUGAACACUUCACCACAGCCAAUGACCAAGAAGAAAUUUAGCACUCAGUUAUCAUUGAAUGAAAACUCGUCCAGAAAAUGGUCAAACACCGGAAUACAAUCUUUAGAAUCACAGUCUCAAUCAAUUAGCUCAAUGCGAGGAUUUACUGUAAACUUGCCAUCAAGGAAACAGUCUUCAGUAUCUUCGGAAGAGAAUGUAGAUAUCGAUGAAUUGUCUUACAAUGGGGAAGAAAUAGACAGUCCUUUUGUGAGUGCUGCAUUCGAUGAUGCAAUCUCUACUCCUUCAAAUUGUGCUACAGAACCUGUACAAUUUACCAAGUUGAAGUCAUAUCCAAAACUGCUGUCAACAUUCAUUUCGAAUACUCCCACACUUCCUUGUAAGGUUAGGAUCAUCAAGGGAACACUUUAUCCUUCAAAUGCGGUAGCAAUCUCUAGUGGUCAUGACCUGGAAAUCCAUUUCAUCAAGCACAGUAAAGCCUUUUCCGUGCAAGAUGCUAGUGGAAAUUUUUUUGUAAUUCCAUUUAAUUCCUCGAUCAAAGUGUCGGUCAUAUAUAAUCCAUCCAAUCCUGUAAAGUUCGUACAAUACCGUAAAGAAUUCAAGUUCAGAUCAGCAGGUGACAUCAUGAAAUUGAAAACCAUUCCUCUUGUUGUAGCUGCUACAAAAGCGUAUACUGGAGAAACCAUAAAAUCGAGUGUUAACAAAAGACAGAUACUAGUGAUCAAAGGAAUCAAGACAAGCUCGACCAAAGGAUACCAACUAAUGGCAAAGACACUGAGUGGUGCCAAGAAACUUUUAUCAGCUGAAUGCAUUGGGAACUUUUCAACAGCUCCAACUUUGAUUUGCAUGUCGCUGAAAGAAUUUUUGAAGUGUAAAAUCACACUGCCACAACAGGUUUUUUUGGAUUAUCCAGCAAGUUCCCAGAAAAUUAAAAAUCUUCCUUCUGUCAUUACCAUUAUGGAGCGAACCAAUGGCUCGUCAAUAAUUGCAACUUGCCCUUCUCUAGCAAAUGAAUCCAAAGUGCUUGAAAUUCCUUUUUCGUCUUCAUUGGUAGUACAAGAAAUAGAGAAUGCCAAAACCAAUUAUACAACCGACUGUCUUUACGAAUCAUUUGAUGCCUGUACAGUUGCACAUUGCUCAGAAUCACCACAGAGAGUGUGUCAUCAUGAUAUUCAAAACACAUUCUACAAGUGCUUGAGUAGCACACAUCGAUCACUAGGUUGGGAAAUUUCCAACCCAGAAGCCUUAAAUACAAAACAACACCCCGUUAAGUUUGAAAACACAGAUUUGACUCAAAAACAAUUGCCACAAGCUGAUACACCGAUAUGUGGUAAGAGUAGUAGCGAAGACAAUACAAAGAGGUGUAAUCCAUCCGUUCUAAACAGUUACCAUAGCUGUGACUUUGUACAUGAAAGUGAUACACGACAAAUCACUGCAAACAUUGGGUCAAGUGUCACAGCUCUUCAUGCGGAGCCGAUGGAGCAAACUUUCUCUGGGGACUCAACCAAGGCAACUAUAAUGGAAGUUAAGAAAGUAAUGAGUUGCAAAAAGAAGAGUGUUCCUCCUUCACCCAUCAAUGAAACUUACACAAAGAUGGAGGACAAUGAAGACAAAUGGGCCAACAACACUGUAAUGGGAAUUCCAGAAAUCAACAAUCAUGAUGAUGACACCACAAUGAAUGUAGUUGUAAGCAAUGUGGAGAAAGUAUCUUCUGAAUCAAAUGAAAGUAGGUCCACACCUGUCACUCUUAAAAAAAGCGAACAUUCAAGGAAUCAAGAAGGCUCAUUGAAUGUUUCAAACAGCAAAUCUGCAACUGGAUACUUUGGCACCAGGUUGAGCAAAGCGAAAACAAGAAUUGGCCAAUUCCUACACACCAGUAGUCGAAUCGUUUCAAGAAAUUCACCUAUGCCUAAACUGAUCACUGCUACCAGUGAAUUUAAUCCUGAACAUGAAGCAGAAGUGCCGCCUAAACAAACAUUGGCAGCUAGUACAGCAGUACAAAAAGACUCAGAGAAGACGUCACCUGUACCUUCAAUGGCACUUCCACUUAAAGCUCAGAAAACUAUUAAUGUGUCCAAACAGGAUGUAAUCAACAACUCACCUGAAAACUAUAGUCGUUGUUCUAUGCAAAGAGACUUGAAGGAUGUUGUGGAUUCAAAUGAUCACCAUGUUCUGGGUACUAUUUCAACUGUUGCCCCAGCCACCACCGCAAAAGUCCCCACUAGAGACCAACACCAAAAACCCCCUCUGGCACCUAAACCAGAAAAUUACAUAAAGAAAACGAAGCAAGCUACACCGAACUUAGUACUAGGCAGCAAACUUCAACAUAAAGAUUCGAAACCAGCUAACCAAGACCUAGCAAAAGUCCCCACUAGAGACCAACACCAAAAACCCCCUCUGGCACCUAAACCAGAAAAUUACAUAAAGAAAACGAAGCAAGCUACACCGAACUUAGUACUAGGCAGCAAACUUCAACAUAAAGAUUCGAAACCAGCUAACCAAGACCUAGUUAACAGUUCAACAAAACUUUCAAUGCCAAGCACACAUAAAGAUAACAAUACCAGUAUCAACUGGAAUGAAUCAUCAGGUGAAACAGAAGAUUUGGAUGCUAUUGUAGACAGCAUUGCCAACUGGUGUCUACAGAUAGAAGAUGAAGUUAACCAACUCUCACAUGGACUACAAUGA